ACUGACCAUUUUCUUUUCGGCUGUUUUUCGUUUGUUUUUAUUUGAAUUGUCAACUUCAACUGAAGAAAUUACCAUUGCAAUUUCCGCUUCUGUCUGGUUCCUAAUUUAUCUUUAUUGAUCUCAUUGUUGUGCUUUGCAGUUUGCAGAACAGUGAAAUUAACCAUGGCUGGGGUAUUAGUAGGAGGAUCAGUUCUUUCUUCUUUACUUAAUGUUUUGUUCGACAGGUUGGCUUCUCAUGAAGUUCUGGACUUCUUCAAUGCCCGAAAACUCAACGAUAGGUUGCUAAUGAAGCUGAAAAUAACUAUGAUAUCUGUUAAUGGAUUGCUUGAAGAUGCAGAAGAGAAGCAGACAACCAAGUUACCUGUCAAAGAGUGGGUUGCUGAACUCAAAGAUGCUUUUUUUGAGGCUGAUGACUUGUUAGAUGAGAUUGCUUAUGAGUCUCUGCGAUCAAAGGUGGAAUCUGGGUCACAGAGUUCGGCCAUCACAACUCAGGUAUGGAAUUUCUUCCCUUUUCGGGAUUCAUUUGGAAAAGAUAUGGAAACAAAUUUAGAGAAAAUCAUUGGUAGGCUAGAACAUUUAGCAAAACAAAAGGAUGUUAUUGGUUUGAAUUUAGCUGAGGGUAUUGGAGAAAAAUCUUUAUCCCGUAGAAUACCGACAACUUCUAUUGUGGAUGAACAUGGUUUUUAUGGCAGGGAUGCUGAUAAGAACACUUUAAUUGAGUUGUUGUUGUCUGAUGAUUUAAAUGGGAAUGAUCUUGGAGUUGUUCCUGUAGUGGGCAUGGGUGGUAUCGGUAAAACCACUCUAGCUCAGCAUGUUUAUAAUGAUACUAGAGUGCAAGAUUGGUUUGAUCUUAAGGCGUGGGUUUUUGUAUCAGAGGACUUUGAUGUUUUCAAAAUAACUAAAGAUAUUUUUGAAGAGGUUUCUUCAAAGAUUCCGAAGGCUAACUCUUUGAACAAGCUUCAGGUUGAACUUAAAAUCAGAUUGAAAGGGAAAAGGAUUUUACUUGUUUUAGAUGAUGUAUGGAGUAAUAAGUACGAAGAUUGGGAUAUUUUACGAAGGCCUUUGGAAGCUGGGUUGAGAGGAAGUAAGAUACUUAUCACAACUCGCAAUCAAAGUGUAGCAUCUGUUAUGUGCACUGUUCCGCCUCAUCAUCUGAAGGAGUUAACAGAUGAUGAUUGUUUGGUCUUAUUUAAGAAACAUGCCUUUAGGGAUGGAAUUACUGGCUCACAUUCGGACUUAGAAGAUAUUGGUAAAAAAAUAGCUAGAAAAUGCAAAGGUCUACCUUUAGCUGCAAAAGCAUUAGGGGGGGUAUUACGUUUCAGAGGAAAUGCUAAGGAAUGGAAGAAGGUGUUGGAGAGUAGCAUCUGGGAUGUAACAAUUGAUAACAUUCUUCCGGCUCUGAGAUUGAGCUAUCAUUAUCUUCCGUCCCAUUUAAAGCCUUGCUUUGCUUAUUGUGCAUUAUUGCCAAAGGAUUAUCAAAUUCGAAAAGAGAAAUUGAUAUGUUUGUGGAUGGCAGAGGGUCUGCUGGAACAACCUAAAGGAUGCAAGGAUAUGAUAGAAGUAGGCGAGGAGUACUUUGAUGAGCUUUUAUCAAGGUCAUUUUUUCAAAAAUCAAAACGUAUUCCUACUCAAUUUGUUAUGCAUGAUCUAACAAAUGACUUGGCUAAAUUUGUUUCUGGAGAAUUUUGCAUCAGAUUGGAUGAUAGUACGUCCAAGGUUACCACAAGAACUCGUCAUGUAUCAUAUUUACGGACGGGGUUUGAUGCCUUAAAGAGAUUUGAGGAUAUCUAUGAAGUUAAAAUGUUACGGUCAUUCCUACCAGUAAGUUUGUUACACUACUGGGUUCAUGAAGAUGUUGACAGCAAGGUAUUGCAUGAUUUGUUGCCUAGACUUACACGUCUAAGAGUGCUAUCUCUAUCUCAUUAUGAUAAUGUAGUUACAUUACCUAAUUCAAUUGGCAAGCUGAAACAUUUGAGAUACUUAAGUUUUGCUGGAACAUCCAUUAAAAGGCUACCUGAAUCUGUGACGAGUUUGUACAAUUUGCAAACUUUGAUCUUGAAGAAGUGCAAAAAUUUAGUUGAGUUGCCAACUGACAUGGUGAAACUAGUUAACUUGUGUCAUCUUGACUUUACUGAUACAAACUUGAAGGAGAUGCCACCAAAGAUUGGGAAACUUACGAGGCUCAGAAAGUUAUCUGAUUUUUUUUUGGGAAAUUUAUGUGGAUCGAGCAUUACAGAAUUGGGUGAACUUCAGCUUCUGAAAGGAAAGCUUAGUCUUUGGAAUCUUCAACAUGUCAUGGAUGCUGGAGAAGCUUUGCAAAGCAAUAUGAAAAACAAGGAGCACCUUCAAGGGCUGCAAUUUAGGUGGGAUGGUGACACUGGUAAUUCAUUUCACGAGAGGAAUGUUCUUGAGCAAUUACAUCCUCAUAACAACAUAGAGAGUCUACUGAUUGUUGGUUAUGGGGGUACAAGAUUUCCAGAUUGGGUAGGGAGCUCUUUAUUCUCAAAUGUAACGUCCGUGGAGCUUGGCAGAUGCAAGUUUUGCUCAUUCUUACCGCCACUUGGCCAGUUGGUCUCUCUUAAAAUCCUGAAGAUCAAAGAAUUUGAUGCAGUGGAGACUGUUGGUCUUGAGUUCUAUGGUAAUUGCACAGCCAUGCAAAAGCCAUUCGGUGCUCUAGAAACUUUAAGAUUUGAGAAGAUGCUACAAUGGCGGGAGUGGAAUUCUUAUGGGGUAGAAGCAUUCCCUCUUCUUCGAAAGCUUUCUAUUAGAAACUGUCCUAACCUAGUCAAUACAUUAUCCCAUAGUCUUCCUUCAUUGUCCAUAUUGGAGAUUGAGGGAUGCCAUCAGCUUCAGGCUUCAGUUCCAGUGGCUCCAGCUAUUCUUUCUUUUUCACUAACAGACGAGACCCGUAACUUCUGGUUCAGAAAGUUGUCUUCUGGGUCGCGUAGACUUAAAGCUGAAAGGUUUCAUUUAUACCCUCUUGAUUCUGUACUUGAGCAAAUGGGAGGUCUAUCAGCUAUUUUAGACGAAAUUGAGAUCUUAAACUGUCAUUCAUUCAAGUGUUUUCCAUUGGAGCUCUUCCCCAUGCUAAAAACACUCUCCAUCUGUGGCUGUCCAAAUAUUGCAUCACUUUCUACAUCUAAAGGACCUUUGAAGAACUUCACAUGUCUCAAUUCCUUGGUAAUCAGUAACUGCCCCAGUUUAGUAUCUUUUCCCGUAGGAGGAUUAGCGGCGCCGAAUUUAACCAAGCUCGAGUUUCGGGAUUGCUCAAGUCUGAAGUCUCUACCCGAACAUAUGCACUCGCUUCUCCCUUCUCUUCUGGAUAUGAGGCUGUCUCAUUGUCCCGAACUUGUUUCCUUUCCAGAAGGAGGUCUACCUUUGAAGCUGCAGAUUCUUUGGAUCCAUCACUGCAAUAAAAUUAUUGCUGGUCGCGCAGAAUGGGGCUUACAGAGGCUUCCCUCUCUUUCCGUGUUUGUUUUUGGCACAAUAGAAGAUGUGCCGGCGUUCCCAGAAGAGAAACUGCUUCCUUCAAGUCUUACCUCUCUCACAAUCUCAAGUUAUAAAAAUCUGAAAUCUUUGGACAACGAAGGACUUUUUAGUUUAAUGUCUCUUAGAGAACUGAUAAUAAAAAAUUGUCCAAACUUGACAGAGCUGCCUGGAAGCAUACAUUUCCUUCAUUCUCUUGUGAAACUGGUGAUCUUCAAUUGUCAGGAACUCGAGUCUUUGCCAGCAGGAGGUAUGCCUUCCAAAUUAGAAUCAAUUUUGAUCCAGCGAUGCAGAAAACUAAUUGCUGCACGCUUGCAUUGGGGUUUGCAUAAGAUUCCUUCUCUUUUGAAGUUAAAUAUUGGAAAGGAUAAAGAUGUGGAAUCCUUCCCAGAGGAAAUGCUUCUGCCUUCCACUCUUACCUCACUUAAACUCAUUGAAUUUCAAAAUCUGAAGUCUUUGAACUACAAGGGGCUUCAACAACUUUCUUCUCUCAGAAAACUAAAGAUCAGGAAAUGUCCUAAUGUUGAGUCCUUGCCAUCAGAGGGGCUGCCUUCAUCUCUUACUUCUCUAAUUAUAACUGGUAGUUCUAUGCUGAAACGAAGGUGUCAGCGGGAGAAUGGGGAAGAUUGGCCCAAGAUUUCUCACAUUCCAUCCAUAGAACUGGAUGGUGUCUUUAUCUCUAAUAUGACAGAAUAGCUUCGUCUGUUCUUUCAAUCCAGCAAGAGUAGAUAUUACAUAUGCUACUGAUGACACUGGUUGAGCAUCUUUAUUGAGUUGAUCUUAUUCUGAAAUCAGUUCAUAUCACCGCAGAAGAAGUUUUAUUGGAUACCGCUGGCACAUAUACUUGAUAGCUCAAUCCUGUUUGUGCAUUACUGAAGGUGCUAUCUGUUCCUCGGCAGGGAUAAUUAGCUUCAGUUGUGAGUCCUUUGUUUCUUAUGAUAUAUCAAAAAGUGAUGACAUGUAGGAAUAAUUAGCUUCAGUUGUGAGUCCUUUGUCUCUUAUGAUAUAUCGAAAAGCGUUGUCCAUGUCACCACCAUCACAACCUCCAUACUCUCUUGUAAUAUCACGGUCCACAAGCUCUUGUUCUGAUAAUGACAUUAGCUUACCCGUUUUGAGUUUUUUAAUUCCUUCUGUUGCUGCUACUGCUGAAUAGGCCUAACAACAUCCUAUACAUCGAUAAGAAUGAACAAUAAGCAACGUUUUAGGAUCCAAAUUGUUUGAAAUGGGGUCACAACACCCGCCUUUCGCCAAUCUAUUGUAGCUGGCACAGCAGUUACAUUCAUAUAUCUGAAAGAAAAUCCGGAGCUGGAAGCAGACAUCAACUUAGAGGAUGGUCUCAUGUUACCGUGAUGCAUAGAGCGAAAUUUGUCAUCAGAAAAGUCAGAAACUUGUUCACACCAAGCUUGUAUCCUGGUCCACGCCAUUGUUAAAAGCUUCUAUAUGUCGAACAUUCUCCUUAAACACCAUGUGUCGUUCUGCUUCUCAUGUGCAUCUUUGCAGAGACGUCCAUGUUGAGCCAACCAUUCGUCGUGAUACUUCAAUAAGAAUUCUUCAUCAGGGGGAUGCGGAAGUGUUUUUGUAGCCGAUAUGGCAUAAGGAGAGAUGACAAAAUUGUAAUUUGGCUUUGUUUUCUAUCCAUUGUAAGCUGGUGAUCUGUUCAUGUCCUCUUGCCUAUAUGUUAGAGAAAUUCUGACUCAACUCAGACUACAAAAGUUAACAAGAAUUCAUCAUCUUCAGCAAUUUUAAAAGAUUUAGCAUAUGAAAAUCAA